AUGAGGGGUCUGAGGCCCUGGGUCGGAUACCUGCUCCUGGUUGUGGCCCACCUGCUGGCCAUGGGACUUGGAGCUAUGGUGCUCCAGGCCCUGGAAGGCCCUCCAGCCCUUCAGCUCCAGACCCAGCUCCAAGCUGAGCUGGCGACCUUCCAGGCAGAGCACAAAGCCUGCCUCCCACCUGGGGCACUGGAGGAGCUGCUGGGGGUGGCUUGGAGAGCACAGGCCCACGGGAUCUCCGGCUUUGGCAACAACUCAGAAGAGAGCAACUGGGAUCUGCCCUCAGCCCUGCUCUUCACUGCCAGCAUCCUCACCACCACUGGUUAUGGCCAUAUGGCCCCACUAUCAGCAGGUGGAAAGAUCUUCUGUGUGGUCUAUGCAGCCCUCGGGCUGCCAGCCUCCCUAACACUUGUGGCUACCCUGCGCCGAUGCCUGUUGCCUACGCUCAGCUGUCCAACUGCCUGGGUAGCUGUUCGCUGGCAGCUGUCACCAGCCCAAGGUGCUGUGCUACAGGCAGCAGGACUGGGCUUGCUGGUGGUCAGCAUCUUUGUGCUACUUCCGGCACUGGUACUGUGGGGUCUGCAAGGUGACUACAGCCUGCUGGAGGCCAUCUACUUCUGCUUUGGCUCACUCAGCACUAUUGGCUUGGGGGACUUGUUGCCCAGUCGUGGCCAUGGCCUGCAUCCAGUGAUUUACCAUCUUGGCCAACUUGCACUUCUUGGUUACUUGCUCCUAGGGCUCCUGGCCAUGCUGGUAACUGUGGAAACCUUUUCGGAGCUGCCACAGGUCCAUGCCAUGGUGAAAUUCUUUGGGUCCAGUGGCCCUCUGACAGCCGAGGACCAGGAUGGCAUCCUAAACCAGGAUGAGCUGGCUCUGAGCAGUUUGCCUCCUGAGGCCUCAGUCCCAGAGCAGGUUAAUCCAUCAUCAGAACAGACCCCUGCUUGCUGACAGGAGUCAGUGACAAGACUUUAUUUAGCUCUUCAGUUAGAGGACCCUGAGGAGACCAUCAGAAAUGCUUGGUGAACUGUCUGGACAUGA